GCCUGUGUGACUCCCUCACUGCCCUGUCGCGUCUCUCCCACCACCCUCCUCUUCGCCAACACGUUCGUAGAGUCUGAAACUAAAAAGAAGCCAAGAUGUCUGAGGGAAAGAAGAUGACAUCGAGCCGCAGGCAUCAUCUCAAGAGUUUGAUCCUGCAGAUCGCUGCUUCCUGGAUUGAGGAGGAGACUAAGGAGACAGAGGCCGCCAAAGCAGCGUACUUGGCAGAGCAUUGCCCCAACCCUGACCUGAGCGGAGACCAGGCGGCUCUGAUGGAAAUCUGCAAAAAGCUGCACCAGGCCCUCGACAAGAUCGAUGAGGAAAGAUACGACGCAGAGGCCAAAGUGACAAAGUCAGACAAAGAGAUUGAAGAUCUGAAGCUGAAGGUGGUGGAGCUGGCCGGAGUGAAGAAACCCGCCCUGAAGAAAGUGCGCAUGUCUGCUGACACCAUGCUGCAGGCUCUGUUGGGAGGAAAACACAAGGUGACCAUGGACCUGAGGUCCAACCUGAAGCAGGUCAAGAAGGAAGUCAAAGAGGAGGUGAGACACGCUGGACGUUGGAGGGUAAACAUCGAGGACAAAGCCGACAGGAAGAAGAUGUUCGAGACUUCCUAAAGACUUUUACUUCGUGUGGGGCUUCUACUUCAACUCUUUAUUACAUCUCACCUUUUUUCAUGGAAUUGAAAAAAAAACUGCUGCCAUUAAAUUGUUUUUUGGAAUGAG